AUGCCGGCAAAGAAAAGUACAGAAGACGCAUUAAUACAAUUUACAAAUUACAUAACAGAAAAACUUAAUGAUGGUAAGAAAGUCAUGGCAGUCUUCUUAGAUUUGGCAAAAUCUUUUGGCAAAAGAUUUGACACUGUGCCACAUGAUAGUCUUCUGGAUAAACUAGCUAAAUAUGGAAUAAGAGGUGAAGUAAAAGGCAAAGAGGAACGCAGAGAGAAAGGAGAAGAGAAAGGCAAAGAGGAAGGCAGAGAGAAGGGCGAAGAUGAAGGCAGAGAGAAGGGCAAAGAUGAAGGCAGAGAGAAAAGCAAAGAGGAAGGCAGAGAGAAAGGCAAAGAUGAAGGCAAAGAGAAAGGCAAAGAGAAAGGUGAAGAGAGAGGCAAAGAGAAAGGCAAAGAGAAAGGCAAAGAGAAAGGCAAAAAGAAAGGCAAAGAGAAAGGCAAAGAGGAAAGCAAAGAGAAAAGCAAGGAGGAAGGCAAAGAGUAA